AUGAACUGCAAUGAGAAAGAACUGAAGGCCAAACUGCACAACAACAGGGCUAUUGCACAUUUUAAACUUGGUAAGAUGAUGAUAUCCAUUUUUUUCUAUUUUGAAGCUAUUGAGUUGUCAAUAGUAGUUUUCUGAAAAAGGUGAUAAUUUUGAAUGCAUGCCCGGAAAAAUUUACAUCUUAUGUUGGCCUCUCAAAUAUACAAAGAAGUAACCUCUUACCCCAGAUAUCAAUGAGCAUCACAAGUUUUUUCCCAAAAUUAUAGUAAUAGUUGGUUUGCAACAUGUAUGGCUAAUCAGAGAUAUUUAUUUCAAUAACAGGAAAUCACCAGGAUUCACUAAGGGAUGCAGAAGCAGCCAUUGAGUUAAAUCCAACUUUCCUUAAGGCAAUUGUGAGAGGUUAGAUAUGUUAGCUGUGCUAUAAUAAUAAUAACAAAAGAACUCAACACUCUAAGGUUAAAUGAGGUUAAAUGGAGUUCAAUCUUGUCUCAAUUGACUUUAAUUAAGAGGUCGAGACCACCCUGAUGUACAUUUGAAUCCAGCUCUUGACUGCUACGCCAUUACUUUCCAUUAAUCAUGAUAAGAAUAUUAUUUUGAACGGGAUGAAGAACUCAAUGCGGAAUGCAAAGCAAAAUUUCAGCAUGAAUAUUUUAGUUCCUUAAGUCCAAUGAGUCACAGGUGUCAGAUAUGUUAAGAGAGUGUCCACGAGAGCACCGGGCAGUCGUGCUACAAGCCAUCCCACCGAUUUCAAUGAAACUUUGGCAGUUUAAAGGGUCUACCCCAAAACUCAAAGAGACAAACUGGUUUCUGUCUUGGUUCUUCCGGGGGGAGAUAGACCACACCCGGUUUUUCUUGGUUUUCACCAAGGAAAUCGCUUCAAAUAGGUAAAAUGUAUGAAGCCCUCACGGCGAUGGUCUUUAACCGAUUACUUUGAGGAUUUGCACACAUAUUUUUACAUCCUUAGUUAAUGUCUGCUGCGAGUAUCAUACAGUUUGAUUGACGGCUUGUCAAUCAAUAGAGGCAAAUAUACGACUUUGGUUUUAGACUUUUCGAUCCAUCCAAAUAUUUGACAACUUUGAGGUCAAAUAUCUCCCGUUGCCAGAAAGCUACAACACUAUUCCUAAUUCCCCUUUAUAACCCAUUAUUUCAUCUCUGAAAAUCAUCAAAAAAAUCUUUGGGCACUACCGUAUUUUUGUCUUGGAUGCCUUUUAAAAUCUGCGACUGUGACAAGUUUCUCUUAACUAUACCUGUCACACAAUUCUUGCUCUAGGCGGUCACUUGACAAAAUAAACCUACAUUUUUUAGCUCUUUAUACAAGAUGAUAGAUCAAGAAAGGUGAAAAAUGUGAAAUACUUUCGAGAUUUUUUGUAGGAUUGGAAAAUUUCACGUUUAGAGAGAUGCAUGUAAACGAAAAAUCAAUGGGAAAAUCGUAGCGUUUCUUUCUUCAGUCGUUUAUUACUUUAUUACUUUUUAUUACAACUUCGGCUUUUACAGACGAGAAAUUCUGCGCUCUCGCUCGAGAGCAAAUAUCAAUACUUCUAUCGGACUAAAAACUGUGCCUCUAUCCCGAAAAUAAAAUUAAAAUAGUGUUGUCGUUGUCACUUACCGCCAUCGAACAUUUCCAUGCAGAACUCCGCUAAGCUAACAUCUGUUGUGUGACCCGAAGACUCUUAGUAGGAAUUAUUCAAGCGCGGUGUUCAUGCUGUCUGCUAGAUAACAAUUUCAGAAUAAUCUGCAGAUCUCUAUGAUUAUUUGCCUGCUUCGAUCGUAAAAUAUCUGCAUAUUUUUUUUCAAGCAUUCUAUUACUACACAUAAAUCUUCAUCUCUCUACAUCGAGUGUUGCUGGCGUUUAAUUGCGUGACUUGUAAAAUUUUUAAAUAAGAAUCUGAGCCAGCAGUAAUUUGACGAGUAGCCUUCCUGCAAAUUUGCCUUGAUGAAAUCCCAAGACAUAGCCAGUUGUUUUCGUGAGCAAAGACAAUAAAUAUGAGAGGAAAGUGAGAUGCAAAUGUCUUCUUUUUUUUUUUAGCUUAAUAUCAGCUUUACCCUCUCCUGCAGUCUUCGUCUAAAUUUUGCAAGGUCUCUCCUUAUCUUCUGCCUUGUUCGGUCAGUUUCGAAUUCUGAAGCUAGAUCAUUGGCAUCGGCCUCUCCUUCCUUAUUCGUAUUUACAGAGGGGGACCUCAUCAAUAAACCAAUUUUUGUUGCGGCAGAUAACCGGCUGAAGUAUCGAGCGAUUUGCUGCUGUAUCAACCGGUCAGUCUUAGACAACAUUUCUGGCUGGUGUCGUCUCUUAAACUCGAUAUUUGGGAAAUCACAUUAGAGGUGGUUGCCUUACUAGUUUCCUCCCUUGUCCAGCACACUAGAUCUCUUGGAGAUAAUUCUCUGCUUUCUGAGAAAAGGUGGCUGUUUUUUGUGUUUUCCAAAGAGUCCAUCCAAAGUCUUCUUGGCUAGUUAGGGAUUGUUCGUCAGACUUUUUACCUGAGGUCCGACCUCGAACGUAGCCGUCCCCUAUAGAAUGGCAAGCCGGUCUUAGUCCAUUUCCUCUUGAUCUUAUCCUAGGCAGAAUUUUUUUGUCGGUUUCACUGUCUUUGUCUUUUUUAGGGUACAUUUGGAUGGCAGCCAAUGACUGAAACGUCCUCAGCUGAUACAUCCUUCUUUUAGCAAGAAUAUCUCGCUUUCUUGUUCCGUCUAUGACGGAUUGGGUAUAGUUCUUGCGAUGACCCGCGUUCAGAAAUAUGUGCACGUUGCUGAUAACCACCCGCUUGUACGACUAGUUUGCUGAAGGUUUCUAAUGUGACGAGCCUAGUGAGACCCUGAGGUGCUUCAAACUGUGCCAGUUGGUCUAUAAACUUGUCGCAGCUCUUAAGUCAGAGGGAGGAUCGCCUACCUCUAUCUAUGUGAGCGUCUCUACAGUACCUGUGUAUCCCUAUCAAUCAUAUGAUGUAAAGUUCAUCUCAGUCACAAAUCACCAGUUAGGAAAACUGAUGUUCAGAUAGGCGCUCUUCUUGCCCUUCUUCCUUAUUCAUUGUCGACUCCAAGAUAGCAGCGACAGUAGGCGUUCUAUUUAGGUUUACAGUCACCUUGCCGCCACCAGAAAGACUCGCCACCAGCUUUGAUUUCUUCUACCAUCUGCAGAUUCAGCUCUCUCUCACUUUAUGUCUCCGAUUUUUAUGAGGAGGAUAGUGGCAUUUACGAACCCGAAGGUCUGAAUCUCACACCAAGUUGUGCACGAUAUUUGAGGUACAUCGUGAAAUCGCGGCCUUCGUCAUCUCCAAAUAAGCCACUACGCGCUAGAAUAAGCUUCAUCUCGGACGAAACGCAUGUUUGGGAUACAUCGACGUCUCUCAAAUGUUUUUUUUAAAGCUGUAUACCCACGAAUUUAGAGGUGUGAGCUGUUGCCGUCCCUGGCCAGCGCGAGAAAAGUAACAUUUGGUUGUACAGUUAGUUGCAAAUGAACAAGGCAACUGCACCAUCUUGACUUACCAAUUCGAGUGUUAGAUUGAAUUGAGGGCUUUUUAGACACUCGAUUUCUUAUAUGGUAUCACUAUGAAGACGUAAUACAACUGACACACCUACACUGCAUAGGAUUAACAAUGUCUGUUGUGCUGUUGCGAGAAGGAGGAAAAUAUUACCGGAAGUGUACGCUCUUUUUAAAAAGAGUUUCAGAGACGUUUCAGAAAUGUCUAUCUUUGAUCGGCUGUCACAAAAAAAUGAUCCCCACUUAAAUUUACUAGGAAAAAUGAACUUACCCACUGCUUGUUGAAAAAAUUGGAAUUCAUUUGACCGAUGCGCCGGUUGUUUCAAUUUUUCUUUUUCUUCGGGCUGCUGUGAAACAGUUCAUAAAUUGACUAAUGAAUAAAUUGUUUUGAAAUACCGUUCGGGAUUUGCCUUUUUUUUCUGCGUGCAAAUCAAGGGUAGACAAAGUUUUUAAAACAUUUGACUUGAAUUUCAUGGAGUUCACCUCGAUAAUUCUCGUCGGCAAGAGUCAAGACGCGCCAAGCUGAGCGACAUCGCCCUCCAUUAAAAAAAAUUUUCCAAAGAAUAAACGUGGCGAGCGUGAGGAAACGCACAUUUUUUUCAUCAUUGUGAUCAAAGCCCAAUUAUGUACCUAAAUUGGUACUUACGGUAUCAAACCAUUGAUUAUGAUAGGGUGAGCUCAGUUUUUCUGUCGAGAUCGACGUGACUUCACAUUAAAAGCAUUUUUGACGGAACAAACUACACUGCACGUACUGAGAAAGUAAAAACUUGUAUUUAUCUCCCACGCGUUUCGUUUGACAAUAGUAGACUUCAUCAAGGAUUUUUUCAAGUAGAGUAAAUAAGCUUGCUCAUAUACAAAUAGUAAAUAAGUUGUCUCUUUACUAUUGAAGUCAGUGGAUAGAAUACAUCAGGUGCGCCUACGGUGUUAUACAUGCGUGACAUUUUCCGGACGUUACACUUACGAGUACGUGAUCCGUUUAAGGGUCACAGAUUUAGUGUAAAUAUUUCACUUCUCAACAUCACCCAAUGUCUCUAGUUUACAGAGGUCUUAGAACGUUUCAUUAUGGAGUUGCCUUCUGCGGAUAGAAGAUUACAAGCGAAUUUCUCAGGCGUAAUUGCCUUUGAUUUCUCAAGUGAUGUUGUCGCAAACACAGUUUUUGGGAGUCACGAGACAAAAAAAACUUAUCAGGACCUAGUUUCAUGUUCUAAUGGAAAUAAAUAGAAAAUAAAGACACAUUUUCUUGACAAAUAAAGUCACAAAUGACGGGGGUUCUCUAAAACAAAUAGUGAUAGAAAAAUAUUUCAGUUCUGGUCAAUAUUGACUUUUCAUGGCCUACUUCCAAAUCUGAGAGAACGUGCUGAGGGAAUAAAAAAAACAUAAAUGUGUGAUAAUGGAAUGAAAGAGAAUGAAAAUAGAAAUAAAGAAAAAGGAGAAAACAUAGGAACCCGUGUUGCAGCGUGCAGAUAUCUUUUGAACCAGACCUACACACAUAAGCCCGACACCAGCCAGAGAAACUCGAAAGAGUCCUGUAUAUGAACUAGCUCGCACGUGCACGCAGGAAAGGCCAUGACAAUCAACGAAAAUAAUAGCAAAUGCAGAUGAUAUUUGCAGUCAAAAAACAGGAAAAUAAGAUAACAGAAGGAUUAGGAACUUUCUAGAAGUUUCUUCUUGAAAAAAAAAAGAUGAACAAUUUUUACUUCUCAUAAAAGGUCACGCAGUGACCCUACAAAUACUAUUCCUAUACGUGGAAUUUCUUGAUGGUGGAAAGUGGAAAAAACAUUUUCCAGUCUUAUUUAUUGGAAACAUGGCGUAGUUAAUGAAUUUAUGGGGCUAUUGAUAUUUCCUAACAAAUAAGGGGGGCAGAGUUUCCCGUCAUUCGCGGUAUGGAAAAGUCGAAGUUGUUACACUCGCGAACUUGUACGUCAACAAGCAGGCGACAUGUGACUUUAAAAUCUCCCCUCCUGUUACAGUUUCCUUUUUGUAAACUGUGCGAUAAUGAUAAUAGACGAUCAGAGUAUAGGCUAAUGAAUGUUUUGUUCUGUACAAGAGCCCUAUGUCCUGAUUUUAGCAAAUCUUCAAAGUAAUAAACGACUGAAGAAAGAAACGCUACGAUUUUCCCAUUGAUUUUCCGUCAACAUGCAUCUCUCUAAACGUGAAAUUUUCCAUUCCUACAAAAAAUCUGGAAAUUUUUCACAUUUUUCACCUUUCUUGAUCAAUCAUCUUGUAUAAAGAGAUAAAAAAUGUAGGUUUAUUUUGUCAAGUGACCGCCUAGAGCAAGAAUUGCGUGACAGGUGUAGUUGAGAGAAACUUGUCACAGUCGCAGAUUUUAAAAGGCAUCCAAGACAAAAAUACGGUAGUGCCCAAAGAUUUUUUUGAUGAUUUUCAGAGAUGAAAUGAUGGCUUAUAAAGGGUAAUUAAGAUUAGUGUUGUAGCUUUCUGGCAACGGGAGAUAUUUGACCUCAAAGUUGUCAAAUAUUUAGAUGAAUCAAAAAGUCUAAAAACACAGUCGUAUAUUUGCCUCUGUUGAUUGACAAGCCGUCGAUCAAACUGUCUGAUACUCGCGGCGGCCAUCAUCUAAGGAUGUAAAAAUAUGUGUGCAAAUCUUCAAAGUAAUCGGUUAAAUACCAUCGCAGUGAGAGCUUCAUACGUUUUACCUAUUUGAAGCGAUUUCCUCGGUGAAAAGCAAGAAAAACCGGGGGGGUGGUCUAUCUCCCCCCGAAAAAACCAAAACAGAAACCAGUCUGUUUUUUUGAGUUUUGGGGUAGACCCUUUAAACUGACAAAGUUUCUUUGAAAUCGGUGAGAUGGCAUGUAGCACGACUGCCCAGUGCUCUCGUGGACACGCUCUUAAGUCACUAUCUAGCUGUUUUAAAAAGAAGGAUCAGGACUUACCUCACUCUUAGUGUUUUUGUGGGAGUUGUUGAUCCCAAUUUAAGUGUUCUUAGAAGUUUCAGUUGUCUUUAAGGCUAAAUAAAUCUAACUGAAACCUAAUAGGGCCUGUUUAUUCUUUUCCGUUUAGCUUUUUUGUAUUGUUUUGUUUUGUCUUUUUUUUUUCUUCUGGUCUGUAAUGAUUUCAAUUGUUUCAGGUUCUUUUCUCAAAAUUGAGCUACAGUAAUAAUAUGCUUCCUUGUGUUGUUGCCUACAGGAGCCACUGCUUGUGUUGAAUUGAAGAGAUUUGAAGAAGCAAUCACUUGGUGUGAUAAGGGACUAGCUGUAUCCUUUGAAGGAAUCUUUCAUUUUUAACCGUGGGUAUAAUGGAAAAAGUUUCCAUAAUUUGAUGUUUCAAGGGAGAAAAUACAAAGAAGGGUAUUAAUUAUGAUGGUAACUUGUCAGCUCAUAUACUUUAAGUGUGUGUGAUUAAAAACAUAGGAGAAGUUAUUACCUCAUGACUUAUUAAUGAAAUUACUCCUUUUAGCCAAUUUGACCUAGUUCUACUAUCCAUGCCAAUAACUGGUACAUUAGUUUAAAUAAUCCUUUAAUUUCCCAGACCAAAUUUGUAAUUAUCCUUACUGUCAACCAUACAAUUCUUGUAAUGUUAGUACAGAGAAUUCAGUAAUGCAUCAACUAACUAUUUUUAAAUUGAUAUAUAUUUUUUUUACUCUCAACACUUAUCUGAUUGAUAUUGUAUUGCUAUUGUAAGGAGAAAUUCUCUUUUGGUCACUCACGGGAGUUAAAGGGUUAGAAGACUAAUAUUCAUCCAAUUUAUACAUAGUACUUGGGUAGAUGAUCUCUCUAAAACAAGCCAGAACAAAAAGCUCGGUAAUGUUUACAUAUCUUAUGCAGAUUUUCUUGCCUUCGACCUUUUUCCACUACUUAGAGACUCAUAAACUUUCUUUGUGCUUUCCUAUGGACAAAUAACAAUUUUAAAGACAUGUAUUUGUGUUAUAGACUCAUUUCUUCCACUGCAGGCAAACAUUUUUCUGAUGUUAAGGCUAUAUUAAUUUAAAAAUUGAACAAGUGCUGCUCAGUUUUUGGAUACUAGAGAUUAAAUGUAGAUAUUUCGCGUUAAAGUUUGAGGCUGCACACAGAAAAAAUAUUUUUUGAAGUGUAGAUUUACUUCAUAACUGACUUUAGGACUGAAUGUUGAUAAAUCAUCCACCUUUCAUGCAAAGGCCUCCUAAUGGGCCAUUUUAUAGUUGUGUACUUAGCUGCCAAGCCUUUGAUUUGGAGUAAGGCUGAAGGUGACCUUGUUGUGAUAGAGACCGAUAUCUAGAAACGAUAAUAACAAAGUAGUUUGCAUUUAAAAAGCAGCAAUGUUUUUAUCAUAACAAGGUCACCCUUAAUCAUGGUUCUUGUUCAGAGGUUUGGGAACCAAGCACGCAAAUGUUAAAAUGGACUAUAACAUAUCAAUAUGAUCAGAAACAUAAUCUUUUUUGUUUUUUCCAUAUUUUUAACCCUUAACAUAAAAAAGAUCAACAAAAACAAUAGGUUGUUGUUGUUAUUAAGACUUCAGUCUGUCAGUGAAGUGGGAGAUAACUCCAUGGAGGAAAAAGAUCCUAUUAGUCAGGACCACGGUAGUGCAAGUUCAGGUGAUGUCAAGAAAGUCAUAUAUCUCUAUAAUCAGGGAAAAGAAGCCAUAGAGUACCAGAACCUACAUCUUAAAAUAGCUAAAGAAGUAGGAGACAAGCAUGGGGAGGGUUGUGCUUAUUGCAAUCUUGGCAAUGCUUAUUUUAGUCUGGGUGAUUUCAAAAAAGCCAUAGAGUACCACAACCUACAUCUUAAAAUAGCUAAAGAAGUAGGAGACAAGCAUGGGGAGGGUAACGCUUAUGGCUAUCUUGGCAAUGCUUAUUUUAGUCUGGGUGAUUUCAAAAAAGGCAUAGAGUACCACAACCUACAUCUUAAAAUAGCUAAAGAAGUAGGAGACAAGCAUGGGGAGGGUAACGCUUAUGGCAAUCUUGGCAAUGCUUAUGACCGUCUGGGUGAUUUCAAAAAAGCCAUAGAGUACCACAACCUACAUCUUAAAAUAGCUAAAGAAGUAGGAGACAAGCAUGGGGAGGGUGUUGCUUAUGGCAAUCUUGGCAAUGAUUAUCAAAGUCUGGGUGAUUUCAAAAAAGCCUUAGAGUACCACCACCUAGAUCUUAAAAUAGCUAAAGAAGUAGGAGACAGGCAUGGGGAGGGUGUUGCUCAUUGCAAUCUUGGCAAUGCUUAUCUUUUUCUGGGUGAUUUCAAAAAAGCCAUAGAGUACCACAACCUACAUCUUAAAAUAGCUAAAGAAGUAGGAGACAAGCAUGGGGUGGGUAACGCUUAUGGCAAUCUUGGCAAUGCUUAUCAACGUCUGGGUGAUUUAAAAAAAGCCAUAGAGUACCACAACCUACAUCUUAAAAUAGCUAAAGAAGUAGGAGACAAGCAUGGGGAGGGUAACGCUUAUGGCAAUCUUGGCAAUGCUUAUCACCGUCUGGGUGAUUUCAAAAAAUCCAUAGAGUACCACAACCUACAUCUUAUAAUAGCUAAAGAAGUAGGAGACAAGCAUGGGGAGGGUAACGCUUAUGGCAGUCUUGGCAAUGCUUAUGACCGUCUGGGUGAUUUCAAAAAAGCCAUAGAGUACCACAACCUACAUCUUAAAAUAGCUAAAGAAGUAGGAGACAAGCAUGGGGAGGGUUGUGCUUAUUGCAAUCUUGGCAUUGCUUAUCGCCAUCUUGGUGAUUUCAAAAAAGCCAUAGAGUACCACAACCUACAUCUCAAAAUAGCUAAAGAAGUAGGAGACAAGCAUGGGGAGGGUACUGCUUAUGGCAAUCUUGGCAUUGCUUAUCAACGUCUGGGUGAUUUCAAAAAAGCCGUAGAGUACCACAACCUACAUCUUAUAAUAGCUAAAGAAGUAGGAGACAAAUCCUUGGAGGCAAUAGCCAACCAUUCAUUAGGAUUGUUUUUUGAGUUGCAAGGUAGACUGCCAAAAGCCGUUGAACAUUACCAAGCUAGCAUAAACUUAUUCAAUUCCUUGAGAGUACUUCUAAUAUCUAAAGAUGAGUGGAAAGUUAAUUUUCGAAAUCAGCAUCAAGUGGCGUAUACGGGUUUGUGGAGAGUUCUCGUAGAACAAGGUAAUGUAGAUGAAGCCUUAUUUGUUGCUGAGAAAGGACGAGCUCAAGCUCUGACCGACCUCAUGCAAUUCAGUUUUUGUGGUGGAACAAGUCACCACAAGGGAGAAGAUGAAGAUUGCGCAGUUUUAAAAAACGUUCCAUCAAACACUGUCUUUCAGGCAGUGGACGAAGCUAACGUCCAUCUUUGGGUUGUGUCCGAAGGUAAACAAGUUCAGUUAAGACAAAGUAAAAUGAAAGGUUUUUUUUCAGAGAAUAGUGGAUUAAGCCUGUCCUUUGAGUCGUUCAUGCUCGGUGUCUAUACACAACUUGGUGUUCUUUAUAAUGUGAGAUGCGAAAAUCGAUCUUUAGAUGCUUUGAGGGAGGGCCGUUUAAAAGUGGAUGACAAAACCAAAGAAGCCAAGCCUCAACCUCACAUCCAACAAGACGGAUGCUUGAGCACUUUGUAUGAUAUCGUUAUGAAGCCGGUGGCUGACUUGAUUGAAGGGGAUGAGCUACUCAUUAUUCCUGAUGGACCCCUGUGGAUCGCUCCUUACGCUGCAUUGAAGGAUGGUAAUUCUAAAUACCUGUGUGAAUCGUUCACAAUCCGAGUCGCUCCAUCGUUAGCAAGUCUUAGACUCAUUGCCGAUUGCCCAGAUGAUUAUCACAAAAGCAGUGGUGCGUUACUUGUAGGAGGUGCGUGGUUAUCCGAGGUUACUAACAGCGAGGGAGAGAAAGUCUUCGAGGAGAUUCCGUGUGCUAAAGAAGAAGUAGAAAUGAUCGGAAAAAUUCUGAAUAUCACGCCAAUCACUGGCAGUCAGGCCACGAAACGUGAGGUGUUGAAAAGACUCAGUUCCGUUUCCCUAGUUCACUUUGCGGCAUACGGAUGUAUGGAAACUGGCGAAAUUGCUCUUACACCUGACCCAGACCGAAUAUCUACUGUGCCAACGCAGGAGGAUUGCAUUUUAACAAUUGGAGAUGUGUUGAAUGCUCAACUUCGGGCCAAACUUGUUGUGCUUAGUUGCUGCCACAGCGGCCGGGGCGAGAUCAAGGCUGAAGGUGUGGUUGGCAUUGCGCGCGCUUUUAUGGGGGCUGGUGCUCGGUCUAUUGUGGUGUCCCUGUGGGCGAUUGAUGACGAGGCUACUUUUGAGUUCAUGAAAUACUUUUAUCAACAACUUGCAGGAGGUAAACCAGCAAGUGAGUCACUGAACCUGGCCAUGAAAAGCCUCAGAGAAUCAGACAAGUUCUGCGACAUCAAAUACUGGGCGCCCUUUUUGCUGAUUGGAGAUGACGUCACUCUUGACUUCAUGGCAAAGGAAAGAGAAAAUUGGAAUAUGAAAUCACAUAAAUGA